AUGUACGGAAUCGGAGCUCCAAAGCCUUCUGGGCGAAGGCCUAGGAAACCGGGGGUGGAACGGAAGCCUCGACAGGCCUACAGCGCCAAACAACUAGAAAGGCUUGAGGCGGAGUUCAAGGUGGACAAGUACCUGAGUGUGAGCAAGCGCAUGGAGCUGUCGGCCACACUGAACCUGACCGAAGUACAAAUCAAGACAUGGUUUCAAAACCGAAGGACAAAGUGGAAGAAGCAGAUGACAGCACGCAUGAAGCUGGCUCAACGCCAGGGCCUUUGGGCCCCGCACUACCUGGCGGCAGCGCCCGGACACGCUUUCGGGUCCUUCCUGGGCGCGCCUGCGGGCUUCGCGUACGGCGCCCCACCGGCCGCACCAUGCGUUGCCAACACGGUGACGGGAGAGCGAAGCCCGUCUCCGGAUCCUUCGAGGGACGACAGCUCGACGGAGGACAAGUAGAUCACGUGCCCUGGCAGUGCACGAAGAUGCCGACGCUCCAGAACACCUGGCAUACGCUGGUAGAUCCUUGAUGUGGCAAGACCAAGACGCGCUUUCUGACCACAGCGCGAAGCUGUCAGUCCUAAACUUGAUGACGAAACGUUGACAAGGUGAAGUGGAGGACUCCCUGGACCAUCAACGUGUUCCGGCCUGUGUACCGAACAGUGCUGUGGCGGACGGCUUUUUGCGAACAUCUGUGUGCUAUUCGGCUGCAGGCUACCAGUGGCAGUGACUACAGCGAAGGGGCGGGUGAGCAGCGAUAUUUGCUGCAGCAUCCCUGCAUUACACCGUACGUGCUGCUGGGUGUCACAGAAAAGAGCGUGUGCGAAC